AUGCCUCGACAUCCCCCCCGCCCGAUACUAGGCGGAUUUGGCCUACUUCAGGCCAACGUGAAUCAUUCCCGCCAUGCGCAGGACCUUCUCCAGCAAAGCAUGGUGGGAUGGGGAUUCACGUUGGCAAUCGUGGCCGAGCCCCACCGCCCCCCCAGAGACGGCAGACCCUGUUGGGCUGUCGACGAUGGGGCUGCGGGGGACUCGGUCGCGAUGCGAUGGCGGUCGGUGCCGGGAGGCCCCGACACGACCGCCAUCGCGAGUGGUGCACGGCACGUGGCCGUCCAAUGGGGGCCCAUCGCGGUCGUGGGGGUAUAUUUAAGGCCCACCAAGAGUCUUGCCCCGUUCGAGGGCUGGCUGGAGGACUUGGGACAAGUAGUCCUGAGUCUGAGUCCCAAGCCGGUCCUCGUGGCCGGGGACUUCAACUCGUGGCACACGAGUUGGGGUUCCCGGCGUGACAACGGGAGGGGCAGGGCCUUGGCUCGUUGGGCGGCGGCGCACGGUCUGGUCCUG